CCCCUCUGACAUCAAACUACAUUGUAAUAAGUGCAAAGCUGUUCCUCAACUAGCAUGGCUGGCAUGAGUCUUUUGAGGGUUGUUGCAGGCUUUGCUGGCAGGUUCAACACUAUAAGAUCAGGAUUUGUAAAGGGACAUUUUCUCAAGACACCACUACAGCCAAAUAACGUUGUUGUUCGACAUGGUCAUGGAAAAGCAAUGUUUGUCAUUAAACCCACACAAUUUUAUGACAGAAGAUUCCUCCGCCUGCUUACUUUCUAUAUCCUUUUGACUGGAAUACCAGUUACAGCCUUUAUAACCUUUGUCAAUGUUUUCAUAGGUGAAGCGGAACUUGCAGAGAUCCCAGAGGGCCAUGUUCCCGAAUACUGGGAAUAUUAUAAGCACCCCAUCACCAGGUGGAUUGUUAGGAAUGUCUUGGACCCCCCAGAAAAGGACUAUGAGAAAAUGAUGGCAGUGAUCCAGAUUGAAAGUGAAAAGGCAGAAAUGAGAGGUAAGCAGCUUGAAGUGCGUAGACUGAUGCGAGAAAGAGGAGAUGGACCCUGGUAUUUCUAUGAAACAGUUGACAAAAAUCUUAUUGAUCAUUCUCCAAAAUCAACUCCUGAUAAUUAAGUACUUUGUAAUGUAAAUUAAAUAGUUUGGACCCAAAAGUAUGUUUGAAUUUCAUAGGCAACUUUAAAUUAUCUGAUGUUUCUGUUUCUUAUUCAGAGUAAAAAUGCUUAUUUCAAGA